AUGGCGGACAGUUUUGGAGAUGUGAAUGUUAAAACUUCUUUGUUUAAGAAAUACGGAAAAGCUGAAAAUUGCAGAGAUGAUGGAUAUGGAGGACCAUGGAGUAUGCAAGUGUAUAGUUUCACAGGACCAGUGUUAAAACGCCGUCAUGGCGGGUACAGUGAAUGGUCCCCAUGGACGAAGUGUAGUAAAAGGUGUGGUAAGGGGAUACAGAAGAGAUUUCGUACGUGUACCAAUCCAUCCCCGGCUCACGGUGGCCGAGACUGCAGUAAACUGGGACCGGGCGUGGAUAAUAGGUCGUGUGAAAAUGAAUGCUUGGGAACCGAAAACGAUGAAUUGGAAAAUCCCGACAAGGCCCAAGAAUCGAAUACUGAUUCGGAAACGUCUAAAUUGAACGAACCAAAAUCGUCAUCAGAGGCCAGCAAAAAAUCUGAAGACACAGAUGACUACUUAGACGAUGAUGAUGAUGAUAAUGAUGAUGAUAUUGAUGAUGAUGAUUAUAAAGACGAUAAACAUAGUCCGGAUAUUGGCAAAAAGACUUCGGAUCAGAAGUUGACCAAACCAGCAGGUAAUCUUGGCGGUAGUCUUGUACUAAAAUCAGUUGGCGAUUCAACUAAAUCAACAAGCCAGACGGUUAAUGAUGGCUCAGUUGUGUCAAUAACGAAAAACAGAAACGCUAAUACCUUCAGUCAGAGUGGCGCAGCUCUUGCUAAAGUUGGUAACAAAGACAGUUCUAAACAGACCACGACGAGUGGUGUCCUAAACGGCGAGAAGCCAGCUGUAUUAGGAAAUGAUCAAUCAGGUUUAGCAAAGACAGAGGAUGGUUCUUCUGGUGUUAGUGGUGCAGGGACGAAACCACUUUCAACAGCUGAUGCACAACCUACUACACUAAGUGAUACCACAUCUAGCAUGAAAAAUGGCGAUAUGUAUUCGCCAAGCAAUGGAGGUACCGAAAAUAAAGAUGAGAAUAUC